UGAGGGUGGGAGGAUCAGAGAUGGGAGCUUGGGGAGCAGGGCAAACCCCACCCUUAAAGACAACAAAACAGGUGCAGAGGCUGCGGGCGAUAGUCCUGCAGGGGAGGGGACUGGAGGAGAAGUUUUGGUGGCGAGCGAGCAGGAACAGUGUCCAGGGUCUCUCCGACGCCUUCCGGGCUUGCAAGCCCGCGCAGCCAGACCCUACCCAGAGGGGCGCCCCCUCGCGGGUCCCCAGCCACCACCUGCAGCUGCUGCUGUCACCUACUGUGUCACCUACUGUGCCACCCCCAAGUUUGAUACUCUGGGCUUUUGCACUACCCCUACCUCCCUUUCCUUCCACGAAUUUCUCCCUUUGCUCUCUCCCCCCCAGUUCCGCGAGAGAUGGCCCGGCGAAGACAGACCUCCUGGACUUGAGGCCGAGUUCACCAAAUCCGCCCCGGGGAAAGGCGAGGGCAAAGGCGGGGUGGACCGACCCAGCGGCGGCUGAGUGGCUGCGGUCCCGAGCAGGGCAGGCGAGCGCAGGAGAACUCAGGAGCAGAGAUGGGGAGCUGGAUCUGCGCAGAACCCCGGAAAAGCGCCAGCAGGAUUGCACCGAGAACAAAUCCUCCGCUCCCUCGCCCAGGGCUAGGGCGCAGCGCGCUGGUGCUCCUCUGGAGCUGGGCGGUCCCCGUGCUCCAAACAAGAAGCUGACUUCUGGAUCCUUCACUCUUUGAUCCUGACCCAAGCCACUCGUGCCACCAGGAGCGCAUGCCUCUGGAAUACUCGCUCCUGUCUCCUUGUGGUGAAGCCUUCCGCUGAUGCGCAGACUCUCCCAGGCUGAAUUAGUGGGUAGGAGCAAAACAGGAUGGUGGAGACGAUCGGCAGAGCAGCAGCGUCUCUUUCCUCGGGAUUCCUCCCAGGAACACUAUUCGAAGCCAUUCCUUCUAAAAGUUUGCAGCCAGUCUCUCUUUCCUUUGUUCGUUUUUAGAGGAGGCAGUAGAGCCACCUACAUUAAAAAUCCCAAAGCCUGAUACUGAUAACCUAAGUCUUUACUUAACCAUCCUGUUUGGAAGCUUUGCACACAUUACUUUUCCUCUAUGCAUUGGCAUUUCUGAAAUAAGGAUGGUUAUACUGGUGUGCUUGGAAUUUCUCUGAAAUAUUCCCCUAAAUGAUUAUACUAAAAAUCAGAUUCUGCUACUCUAAAAGGAAAAAAUAUAUAUUUAUCUGUUAAAAAAAAAAAGGCAAUACAUAUUCUCCAAGAUGUUAA